AGAAAAGGCAAAAGAAUAAACAAAAGGAAAAGUCAUCUUCAAAAAAACAAAAAAAUAGUUCAAAAGACAAGGAAAAUAUAGUUGAGAUUGAUGAAUUUGACGAAAAUCCACGCCUUGAAGUACAAAGAAAAAUAAAUGAUUUGGCGUAA